GGGGACGGCAGGGCUGCCGGUCACGCUGGCCCAGCAGAGCCACCCUGGGCAGGGCUGGAAGGAGUGCCCCUGUCCCCGCCAAGGGAUGUGACCCUCGCAGCCCGCACUUCGCACCCCAUCCCCGCAGCCUUUCCCCAGCGGUUUUCCAGCGGUUUUCCAGCUCGGCGGCCCCGAGGAGCCGUGAAGGGCUCGGUGUCCCCGCUGGGCACUCCCGGGCCCGGCUGGGGGUCCCGAGGGGCCGCUGGUGCUGGGGGGCAGCGCCAGCCUGGGGUCCCUCCCGAGCUGCUCCAUCCAAGCCCAGCGGAGGGAGGAGCCUCCCGGCCCCGGAUCCCCGAGCGGUGACAUCCAGGCUGCGGAGAGACGGAGCCCAGCGGCGACAGGGACAGCGCAGCGAGGAACACGGGCAGGGACACCCGGGCGGGACCGGGAGCCGCGGCAGGGAAGGGUCCGGAGGGACACGGGGCAGAGCAGGGCUGGGAAGAGCAGAGGGGAGAGGGCAGGGGGGUGCUGGGGCACCCCCGGAGCCCCGCGGCGUGAAGGACGAGCUGGGCUGUCCCCAGACCCGCGGCGACAGAAGCGGGACCCCACUGGCUGCAGCCAUGGGGGGUCCCUGGCAGCCGCCCCGGCCCUGCUCGCUGCUGCUCCUGCUGCUCCUCCCCACGCUUCAGGUGCAGGGGACUCAUCCCGACUGCUCCGUCGUCCUCCGUUUCCAGGAGCUGGAGGAGGAAUGUCUGCAGAGGAUCGGGAGCGAGAGCCACAGCCCAGAGCAGGCAGGGCAGGGCUGCCCGACCGAGUGGGACGGGGUCAGCUGCUGGCCCGCCCUGCCCCUUGGCCAGUCCCGACAUGUCGCCUGUCCCGAGAUCCUGAGCGUCUUCAAGAAGUCCAAAGGGCUGAUCCAGAGGAACUGCACCGAGUGGGGCUGGAGCCCCCCCAGCCCCCCCUACCACAGCGCCUGCCAGCUGGAGACCCUUGGCAGCAGCAAUGACACCGAGGCCAAGAGAGGACAUUUUGUCACCAUGAAGGUGCUCUACACUUGUGGCUACGCCACAUCUCUGGCAGCGCUGCUCCUGGCCAUCGGCAUCUUCUGCUGCUUCAGGAAGCUGCACUGCACCAGGAAUUCCAUCCACAUCCACUUCUUCACCUCCUUCAUCCUGCGGGGCACGGCCGUGUUCAUCAAGGACCGCGUCCUCUUCUCAGACGAGUCCAUCGACCACUGCACAAUGUCCACGGUGACCUGCAAGGCAGCCAUCGCCUUCUUCCAGUACUCCGUGCUGGCCAACUUCUACUGGCUGCUGGUGGAGGGGCUGUACCUGCAGACGCUGCUGCUGCUGACCUUCACCUGCGACAGGAGCUACACCUGGGGCUACGUCCUCAUCGGCUGGGGUGUCCCCAUGGUCACAGUCGGGGUGUGGGCGCUCACCAGGCUCCAGUACGACAACCAUGGGUGCUGGGAUGACUAUUCCAGUGUGUACUGGUGGGUGAUCAAGGCUCCCAUCCUCCUGGCCAUAUUUGUGAACUUCCUCAUCUUCCUCAAUGUCACCAGGAUGUUGGCACAGAAGAUUCGGUGCCCGGACCUCAGCAGAACCCACAAGCAGCAGUACAUGAGGUUGACCAAGUCCACACUGCUGCUCAUCCCCCUCUUCGGGGUGCACUACGUGGUGUUUGCGCUCUUCCCCGAGCACGUGGGCGUGGACGCCCGGCUCUACUUCGAGCUGGUGCUCGGCUCCUACCAGGGCUUCCUGGUGGCUCUGCUCUACUGUUUCCUCAAUGGGGAGGUCCAGUCUGAGAUCAGGAGGAACUGGGGCACGUGGCAAAGGUCCAUGGAGAGCAACGUCUUCAACCUGGCCACCCAGGACUUCACAGCGUGAGCAGGACAGCGCUCCUGGAGAGGAGCAGCUCCAUGGCUGUGGCCCCAGAAAGACCCAAUCCCCCCUGAUUUUGGGGGUCCUGGGUCUGACACCCUCAGAGGGCGUCGGGAACAACCAGAAAGACCC